AUGACGCCCUUGCAUCCAAGUCUUACGUUCCACUUAAUAUUUGUUUCUGUCGCUGCUGGCCUGAACAACUGCAUCGCCGUCACUUCCAUCAAGGAUUACUCAUUGACCAACCACAUCUACAAGAUAUCAUCUGGGAAAUCUCAGCUGACGUGUAUCGUAGCAUGUGAUCAAGAUACAAAGUGUUACAGCUUAAAUUACAGAUUUCCCAGCAAAACUUGCGAGUUGAGUAACUCCACUCGAUUCGCGGAUCUUCAGGAUUUUUUGUUUUCACCAGAUGUUGUAUAUUUCGACCACUUGUCACGUCCCUCGGGUUCGUGCGUGGGUGACGCGCCGUGUAAAAACAACGGAAGGUGUUUCAAUCUGGCGAAGGCUCCUGGGUUUAAAUGCAAGUGUUACAAAGACUACACUGGAGAAACGUGCAAUGGUAAUUAACAUCAUACGGUGAAAUGAAAAUUAUAGGUUGGAUGGCCACAUUCCAAAGACUAGGAGGGGAGGAGGAGGGAGGGGAGGAGGGGGGAGGGGAAGGGGGGCGAGGAAGAACGUGAUGGGAUCGCAGGGACUCUACUUUUUCCUUUUCAUGCACGGUCUUCGCAAUCUCGAGCGCCUAAAUUCCCCCUUCUCUCUGAUCGCUUUCAAACCGCGUGCCAGGUUGAUUAAAAUGAAUGUAAAAAACAUAAAAGUAUGACAAAACGGGCUUAAUAUCAUUUCGCAUCAUUUUUGAUAAUCUAAAAAAAAGGAAAAAAAAUAAGGUUAAAAAGAUUGCAAAACAGUGUGAUCUGACACUAGGCCCAAGACGAAAUAUACCAAAAAGUAUUAGACAAAAAAAGAAAAUAAAUAAAUGGAAAAGUCCCUUUGCAACCGACUGAUUAAUGUUUUUUUGAGACUUAGUCUGGACUGUGGCGCUUCAUACCUCGGCCGUAGAAGGCGUUCUGCUUCCGUGGUAACCUAAAGAGUCUACGAAAACUCAUGCAUACAAUUUAAGAAUCGUCUAUCAAAUACUAUAUGAUGAUUUGGGCCAGAAAAAUCUUUCCUUAAUUUCCUAAAUGUGAUUAUAGCUCACAUGGGUGGGUUACAGGAAGCUCAUAAAUGGACUGAUAGCUGCCUUUUGCACCAUUGUAUGCUGACGUCCGAGCUUGUAAAGAGGACGCGUCUUGCUUUCCUCUAAUACACGGUAUUAAAUUUUACUCACUCUAGAUCUCUCGAUUGUUUAGUUUGUAGCUCUCCUCCACUGGGGAUGCGGGAUCGGCGAAUUCUUGAUCAUCAGAUAACAGCAUCAUCAGUGGGAAUGUCGUUAAGCCUUAAACGUUUUAAUGCGAGGGAUGCGCGCUUAUGGCUGAAGUCAUCUUCCUGGGUCAGUGCUCUUGUGGAUUACAGUCCUUGGCUACAAAUUACUUUCGCGCCUGAAAUAAAGCUAAUCACUGGUAUUGCUACUCAAGGCAGUCCAUUAUAUGAUUGGUUUAUUACGAGCUACACCCUAAAAUACAGCAUGACUGGUAAAAUAUGGAAAAAUUAUGAGCAAGGUGGAUUAAUCAAGGUAUGUAAUGCAAUUAUUACUGAUCGUGUACAUUCAUCGCGGCUUCCAAACUCGUCCGCAGGGCUUUUCCGCCCCUCCCAUUUUCUAAGGGAAAGCCCUGGGUACGAGGUUGGUCUCCUUCAAAAAUUCGAACCAAAACUGAUUCCCUUCACCAGUCAAACAAUGUAAGUCGGCUCCAUGGAUAAUUAUCCAUCGUUACUCCUUCUGUUGAACAAGAAAGUACAUAAUUAUAACACACUAUGUUCCCUAAAAAAGAACUUUUAUAAACGACACACAAGAACGAAUUGGAAAGCAGUCAAUCCAAUCUAUAACUGUUGACCUCUGGAAAUAUCUUCCCCCUUGAAAGACCUCCCAAGUUUCUCCUUCCCAAAACAACAUCUUUCCUCCUUCCCCUAAAACAACAUCUAUUGUUUAGACAAUUUGAAAGUUGACCAUAUCCGUUCUUUUCUCCGUGUUGUGUCUAGUUUGUGUGUGUUAUUUAUUUAUUUAUUUUGUUUUGUUUUCUUUUUUUGCUACUAUUUUACCUAUCGCCACUUUGUUAUUAACAAAAUAUAUCAUUUUAUAGCAGCUACGCGCUAGCACGAAAACGUUUUUUCCCAGACAUCCUUGUUGUCAUAACUAAUAAUUUUAUGAUACAACUUCUUCUUUUCUUGCCACUAGCAUCCAAAAAUGUAAAAUUCUCUAUUUGGAUGUAAUAAUAAUAAAGGUUUGUUGUUGCUGAACCUCUCGACAACUCAAAGCAAUUUUGUUUUCCUCUGUACGGGUUCGAAAAAUCAGGAUUCCACUUAGUUUGCUUCAGAUUGUGGUUCAGUGACUGUAAAUCUUUGCACGCUUUGAAAAGUCUAUUCAAAAAGAGACAGGCAACCCCUGUAUCGAGUAUAAUUCAUGUGUUUCAUGAUACAAAAACACUUCUGGUAGUACUGACUAUUUUGACGGAUUUGAUAUAUCUAUAACCUUAAGAAAUAGCGCGCUUUGACGGAAAAUUUACGGACAGGAUAUCCCGUUCAGUCAUAGUUUUAGAUUUUCUUUUAGCCCCUGAAGAAGGUUUGUUUUCAAACCGAAAUAUUGGGCAGUUUGUUUAAAUUUAUAUUUUUUUGUUUUCUUCUUUUGUUUACUUCUUCAUCGCCUUGCUGUAAUGAUCAGUUUGCCGUUUCAUAUUUUUCUACAAGUUUAAUUGUACUGAUCCAGGACUACAACUGGGAGAUCCGGCACCACACGUUGGUUUGUUGCUGUGGACUUGCCGACAUUUUAUAUAUUUCGGCACAAUAUACCUUGAGAUAAGACAAAUUAAGCUUCAAGCAAGUGACAUACACUUACACGUGUAAACCCACGACCAUGCAAAUGAGCCCUAAUAAGGGCGAAACAGCUAUCCAUGGCUACCACAAUGGCUACCACUGCCUGGGUGAUAUGCACAUGUGUGCGGUUUUGGCCAUGCAGAGCGUUGGCUUACGUGUAUUACUUGCUUUAAGUUUUUCUUAACUUAAGAUGGUCGUCAUUGCUACGUAAACGGAUGUAUAAAAAGUACCAAGAACAAUUUAAAGUCUUUGGACUUCUAGCUUGUUCUUGGUUCUUUAUAUUUUGGCUGAUUUGAUCUCUUUUCUAGAGAUCCAACGUUUACAACUAGCAGGAUCUUCGUCCACGGUUUUUGCAGCUAAUUUAAUCGUAUAAAAAGUACUAUUUUUCCUUGAUGUCUAUUGGUCAUUUGAGGUUGCGUCUGAGACUGGUGUAGGUGUUGUGUCGAAUUGCACUAUGGGAUUGUUCUACGGGUUGACUUAUGACCAAUAUUGCACUCCCAUAUUGCAAUUCGACACAACAUCGACCCGGUCUUACGCACAGCACUUGAACUGAGUCCACGUUUGAUAUAUUAAAAUUCUAACAUGACUCAGAGGCUUCAGGGUCAAAAUUGCAAAUUUUUCACGACUCCAUUGUCUAGCGAUUCCCAGAAGAGACUUGAGGACAAAGAAAACCAAACCAAAUAUAGAAAAAUGACCAGAAAGCCUCGGAGCCAUGUUAGAAUAUUAAUAUAUCGAACGUGAGCUAUUGGUCAACGCCCUUCCCCACUCUAAACUGUUUGCCUACCACACAUUUUUUCAGCGAAAUGUACACCCCGGUUCUACGGUUACUAGUUUUUCUGAAUCUUUUGCAGAAAUUUUCUGGAAAUUCAGACAGAAACACAGUUGUGAGUCACGGAAUUUCUCCACCCAUCAAGGCGUCAUUUAUCCGCAUUUUCCCACUUGAUACAAAGACGCUCAGACGCACUGCCCUGCGGCUUGAGCUCUAUGGCUGCGACUUCGUCGAAAACCAAACAGUGAACUAA